AUGGGCGACGCUCUCCUACGUGUCGCUACAGGCGUCUCUCCAGCAGCCGAGCCGGAGCCAUACGUCCCCUACCGCUCUCCCACGGCGGAAUACACGCCACCGACAUCGCCCCAGCCACAGCUCCCGUAUGCGGCGAGAAGAGGCUUUGGAGCGCACCGGGCCAAGCACCCAGCUGAGCUCCAGAUGGACACAGCAGACGCGCCACUCUACGAGCGGCCCGCCUACAGCCCGUCACCUGCAGACAGCCCGACCCUUCCGCUUGCAGCACUGCCUUCCCCCGGCUUUCCCCAGCGCCAUCGCGCUCCUUCCCUACUUCGCCAUGCCGCCGUCCCUCCCCCUCCCAACGGCGUGCAAGCGGGAAUGGCAUCUGCCCCAAUGUCCCCCAUAAUGGCUCCUGCCAUGGCCCGCCAGGACAGCGGCCCUCGCUCGCCUGACCUCCGCGCUAUUUUCAACCCGCUCGCCAGCAAUCCCGUCAAUUCGACCGGGCCGUCAUGGGACUCUUCCAACGAAGACCUGUCUGGCUCACCCAGCUCCCCUCUAAGGCCCCGUGGAAUGACCAACUCUUCGCAAAAUUUCCAUCCAACACCGCCUCUGAGAUCCGUGACCUCGAUCCCCGACUACGCCCAAUACCGAGGCAACGAACGCUCCAAUCUAUCCGGCACCUACAAGCCGAACAGAGGUGUUCCGAACUGGUCCCACACUGACUACUACCCUCCCCCACCUCGACCGUUUCGUGGCGAGGAGCCACGGGCCAGUUUCAGAUCCGGUUGGACCAAUGCGUCUUCCAGUGUACUCGAGACUAGUGGCACGGAAAGAAGCAGUAUUGUCACUGCACGGAGCUCCAUCGCCAGUGAUCGACACAACAGCGUCUAUUCCCGGGAUCCAUCGAGAGAUCGCCUGGAACGCCUUCGGGAACGCGACGGUUCCCCGGAAACUAUACUGACUUCAGAAAUCGCCGAGGAAGAUGAGAAUCUAGACGCCGUUGGUGAUGUGUUAGAUUCAUAUUACUACGAUGAAGAAGAUGAGGAGCGUAGUCCUAUCAUGGAGCAGGAUGAACGAGACAUGCACAGCCCCUCGCCAGCAGGUCUUGACGCGGAACUCCCCGAGCUGUCGCAAACGCCCUCUCGCGAUUUUGAUUCCCUGGACUCCUUUCAAUCGAAUGAAAGCCUCAAGCAAUGGGAUGAUCGGACACGACUUUCAACGCACAGUAAACUUGGACGUAACGCGGAUUCGAAGGAGCUGUUGACAAUUCGUCCUCCUUCCGGCUCGGAUGUGGACGAGGUAUACAACCUCGAUCCGACAGAGCGAAAGGCGCUGCGAAUCGAAUUACUGCCCUCGGUACAAGUGAGCCCGUUCCAGGCCGCAUACACCCCACGAACAAUCGAGGCCGCAACGCAACAGUCCAGAAAGAAGCGAUCGAGCACAGUGAAACGAACAAGUGAAGAAGCACCGAGGCGUGUGUCUGUCACACUGCAAGCUCUUGCUCUCAGAACCACGGAAGCCAAGGGCCACCGCUCGAGUAGAUCGAUGGGUAGCCGCUCGCAGCUAGACCAUAUCCGUCGUGAUAUUUCCAAUCUUCCACAACUGCCCCCAAGUCGGUCGCGAAUGUCGCGCCAGGAUUGGGCCAACAUCGAAGCUUACUCCAAGCGACACAGCAAGAGACCAAGCGUCCCUCGCACUUUUUCCAGUGAAUCUCUUGCCAGUUCCCAUGUUCCUCAAUCUCCGCCUAUGCAAAGAUCUGAGCCGCUCCCUGAGCUGGACGAAGACGAGGCUAUUCCUCGUCGCGCUUCCACGAGUGUCUUCGACCGAAAAAGCGCACUGUUCGAUCUUGGCAUGAUGUCUCAGCUCACGACAGCCAAGAGCAAGCCCGAGUCCCCAAGAGGCCCUACAUUGGCACCUCCCAGCCAAAUCCCCACCGUAAUACCUGGCCUGCGAAAGACGGCUGCCCCUACCGAGAGAGAUCGCUAUGGAUUCAAGAAAGCUUCCGAUAAGAUCAACGUGCAGGAGUACAACGCAUGGGCUUCCAAAUACGAAGACCACAUCUCCCGCCGGAGAGGCAAAUGGAUUUCCUUGAUGGCUAAGCAAGGUCUGUCAACGAAUGAGCCUACUAGGUUCCCUGAAAUGUGCGAGAAGGUCAAGCGCUAUGCUCGCAAGGGCUACCCUCCUGAGUGGAGAGGUGCCAUGUGGUGGUACUAUUCUGGUGGCCAACAUGUGCUUGCGCGAAAGGAAAAUGUAGGCUUGUACAAGUCUCUGGUAGCUCGUGUCAACCGUGAUGAGCUCAACAAAGACGACAAAGAUGCCAUUGAGCGCGAUCUUGACAGGACAUUCCCCGACAACAUCCACUUCCGCCCGGAAGCAGCGACUGAUCUACUGGAUGGCGAGUCUGACGACGAACCAGUGUUGAUCCAGGACCUGCGCGAAGUCCUAUCUUGCUUCGCCCUGAACAACCCCAAUAUUGGUUACUGCCAGUCGCUCAACUUCAUCGCCGGCCUUCUUCUAUUGUUCCUGAAGCAGGACAAGGAGAAGGUCUUCAUCCUUCUCACAAUCAUCACGCAAAAUCAUCUGCCUGGUGCUCACGCUCGCAGCUUGGCAAACACCGAGGUCAAUGUCCUGAUGAUGUUGAUCAAGGACUACCUGCCAAAGGUAUGGGCAUCAAUCAACGACACCGAUCUCAUCAACAGCGGCGCCGGCUCCAACGCUCACCCCAACUCCAAGUUCCAACGCCAGCCCACAGUGGCCCUUUCUUGCACUUCCUGGUUCAUGAGCAUCUUCGUUGGUGUUCUGCCAAUCGAAACGGUACUCCGCGUUUGGGACGCCUUUCUCUAUGAAGGACCCCGUGCCCUUUACCGCUACGCCCUUGCCAUCUUCAAGCUGGGUGAACCAGAAAUCAAAAAGUACCGUCCUGGCGAUGGCGAGAUCUUCAUGGCAGUCCAGACACUGCCCAGACGUUGCCUCGACCCCAACAUCCUGCACGACCUGGCGUUCGUGAAGAAGGGGUUCGGCAACCUGUCACAGAACGUCAUUGACCAAAAGCGCAUGUUCUGGCGUGAACAGAACAUCCUGGCGCACCAGACUUCGGUCAAAACCACAAACGGUCGGCGAAUGCUUACCGUACCACAAGAAGAAGAUGAAGACGACGAUCGGGACAGCCUCAGGAAGGCCAUGGGCAUGAACCGCCUGCGCCGUCGCGCAUCCCGCAAGUUCCGCCAAAUGGGCAUCAAGUGA